CGGUAGCAGCGCUAUGAAUCUUUACGCGGGUAUUAAACGUAAACCAACUUUUAACGAUGAAGUCUACGACUAUCCUGUUGGCAUUCGCCCUGCUUAUCCUCGGUGUAGCGACAGUAAAUGCUAUAGAUACCUGUAAUGAUGCGAAUGAGCACUUUCUCGAGUGUGGUCCUGUGUAUCAAUUGGCCUGCGACUCACGGUAUGAAAGGGACACCUAUAACUGCACUCAAGGGUGCUUCUGUAAACCGAGCUACAUUCGAAGUUCGGAUGGCGGACCAUGCAUCCCUACAAACAACUGCCCACAAUAGGUAGUAGAAUGUCUAUAUUGCAACAAUGUGUUGUAUUAGUACAGAUAAUAAAACGCUAAUAAAUAAAAUGGCCAUUUAAAACAGUU